CUUAAAAUGAGACAUUACCUUUAGAUGUUGCAACUGAAUGAAGAGCAGCCAAACCUGCUGGAAGUCAGCAUCCAUAAUGCAGGGGCUCUGCUGCCAGGUGGCAGCGAAGAUGAGCCUGGGAUUUCUGUGUCUCUUUCUGGUUUUCAGCACAGCUUCGUGCCUAAGAAAAGAAAACAAGAAAGAGAAGCAAUUGGCAGUGCUGGCUACUGCAGAGCUGCCUGCAAAGUCCCUGGACCUGGCUGCCAUUAACCUGACAGAGCUGGUGAAUGGGAUGCUGAGCACUGCACUCAGAGGUACCAAGAAACUCUUCUCUUUGCUGAGCAUCACCUCUUACAGCUCGUUCGCCUUCCACAAAGUGUCAGUCACCAUUUACAACAUCUCUAAUGCAAAAAAUAUUGACCCUGGCAAGCUCCCUAUGCACUACUGCUACUGUUUGAAUAAUGUGACAAAUGACUUGACAGAUUUUACAGCUCUACUUGUUGAUAUCAUUGGAAACUCCACCAGUUAUCUCACAGAAAUUUUCAAAUCCACUUCUAUUCUCUCAGUGCGUCAGAGCAAUGACUCGGAUUGUAUCUACAUCUGUGUGAUGGCAGGGCAGACAGGGAAAAAUCUGUCUGACUUUUUGGAAAUACUAGAUAAGUCUCCUGUUAUUAAUUACACAUUUUCCAGUAACACAUCAUCUGACCUGGAUUCAAUUUUCUCAAGUUUCAUGAAGUUGCAGGAAGACCCUAACAAGACACUGGAUUCAUCAGCAGAACAUGUGUGGACAUUUAAAUCUCCCAGGACCCCUCUUGCCCAAAAAGGAGGGGGAAUCCCCACCAUCCCCACCACGAAGUUCCCGCUGUGGCCAAGGACAGUUGGAGCCAAAGGCUCGUGGUUUCCAUCACCCCACGUGGAUGCUCCCAGGCCCCAGGGCAUGGCCAGACCCCCCCUGAGCCCUGGGGGCAGCCUGGCCCCACCAGCAGCCCUGCAGCCCAGCCCCACUGACACGUCCAUGCUUUGGAUGCAGACAGGGUCUCCACAAGAAGCCAGCAAAGUGAUGCAAACAGAGCCAGAUUUGCCCUCCACAGUACUGCCUCUGCCACCUUCCUACCGACCUGGUGUGACACUGAAACUUUACUCAGCUACCAGGUGCCCUCAAGCGAUGCUCAGAGAGCCCCGUGUCACCUCCCCUCCUGUCACCCUCGUAGUGCAGAAGAUCAACCCCUGUGUGAUGGAGCUCUGUAGGUUCUUUCAGCUGUGCCUCUGUGUUGGUCAGAGAAGAUAUUCCAGAAAGGAAGCCAUGAGAUACUGUGUUGAAUACUAUUCCUGGUUUGUGAAAAAUGCAAGUUAUGUCUGCGAAAGGGUCAAAAGAGUUGCUUACUCCCACACAUUAAAGCAAAAAUGCCUUAAAAACAUCUGUACAUCAGUUUAG